CGUGAACGUGAAUUUUUCAAAACACUUCACGCAGAUCCGAGCGCGGAAGAAAAGUUUUUUUCUUUCGAACUUAAAUCCUAUUUUCCCUCUCCUGUAAAGAUGCUAUCCUGCCAGUAAAAUAGUGAUGCAUAGAUUUACGGUCAUCAGUCGAGUGUGGGCCGAAUCGGCUCGCCGGUUAACUACUCAUCCAAACUCGCCGAAGGCACAAGGACAUCUCCAAAUCAUCCGACUGUACGUUGGUAAAGCCCCCAUAAGCCAGACCAACCUAACCGCAUCGAAAGCAUUGUUGUCCGACGAUAAGAAUGUAUCGGAGAACAAGGCUCCACAAGUGGUGCCACUGGCGGUUCCGGUAAUCCUUCCACCGUCGCUGGAUCCCAAAGAAAUAGUCAAUGUAAUUAGUAAAUCAGUAAACUUGGCCACGACGGAUGGCAGUAUCAGUGGGAAGCCAAAGAAUGAGGAAGUGGUCGCUUCCAUUACGUCCCUGCCCGGCUUUAGCCGGUUGAUUUACCACUAUAUGAUGUUGUCGAAGAUUCGAUUGACUUCUUUGGUGGUAAUGACCACGAUGGCCGGGUAUGCAAUGGCUCCAGCACCGUUUGAGUUGUCCACAUUCCUGCUUUGUUCGGUGGGUACGACUCUCGUAUCGGGAGCGGCCAAUUCCAUCAACCAGGUGAUCGAAACGUCCUUCGAUGCGCAAAUGCCCCGAACCAAGAAUCGAGUGCUGGUGAAAGGUCAUUUGAGCCGUCUGCACGCGGUUGGAUUUGCGCUGGGCGCAAGUACGAUCGGUGUUGGAAUGUUGUAUUGCGGUGUAAACGAGCUGACGGCCUUUCUGGGAGCGGCUAAUCUAAUUCUCUACACCAGCAUCUACACCCCAAUGAAGCGAUACAGUAUUCUGAACACAUGGGUAGGUUCGCUCGUUGGUGGCAUACCUCCGCUGAUGGGCUGGGCUGCUUGUACCGGAGAUAUAGGUGUUGGAGCGUGGAUCCUCGCUGGAUUGCUGUACUGUUGGCAGUUUCCCCAUUUCAACGCCCUUUCCUGGAACAUUCGUCCGGAAUAUCUUAAAGCGGGUUACAAAAUGAUGGCCAAUUCCCAUCCCGAGCUUUGCACACGAGUUUCGUUGCGACAUACAGGAUAUAUCACGGCGCUAUCCCUCCUCGCACCGGCACUCGAUGUAACAAACGUUUGGUUUGCCGUUGAAUCGCUGCCAUUGAAUGCUUACUUCGCGUACCUUGCCUGGGAUUUCCAGCAGAAAGCCGACAGUAAAAGCUCCCGGAAGUUAUUCAGGUUCUCUUUGCUUCACUUGCCUAUCCUGAUGGGGUUGUUUCUACUUAACAAAAAGGAAUGGAUUUUCUCGAAGGAGAAAACUACCGAAGAAACCGUGGCUGCCAUAGUAUCGGAGGAAAUCACCGAUGGAGAGCUUGUCGGAGAGAGUAAGGACGAGUAUUUGGUACCAACUAUUGUUGCUGAAGUUGGAAAUCUUGGCAGCAUCAAAGCGAUCGAGGACAACCUAUUGACGAACGUGGUCAGCGUUCUCCCGGUAACCGCCGCUGGCAAGCAGAAGCUGUGAGUGCUGAGAUAAAUUAUAUUUUAAAUACCUACUGUUACAGUAAUUGUUAACGAUACAAAUAAACUCCAAUGAUUGGACACAACCUCGUCCCGAAAA